AUAGAGGCCGCAGCACGGGCUAUGGGCAAAGAUUGCUCCAAUGGGAUUUUUAGCCCUACAUGUUUAAAAAUAGAGGCCAUAUCGCUUUUGGAGAAAUUAAAUUCCAGGGAAGAACUACAGUUGCUCCCAGGCGUCAGUGUUGUGAAAGAAGAAAAAGAGAACAGUAGCAAAGCUGAUGAGUUUGCUGCGGAAUUAGCCAGGGCUCUGCCAUCAAAACCUGAUGAGAGGCUGGAUAAAUUCCUUCUUUAUAGAUUAGGAACCUAUUUGGAUACCCACUCAGUGAAGCUUAGGUUAUUGGAUGAUGGUGCUUCUGAGGAUGCGAGAGCUUUGAUUAGUGAAGGAAGAGGGAAGGGAGGUGGUUUCGGUGGUGGUAAGAAGGGUGGCAUGGGAGGACUAAUGGCUGCCGGGCUUAUGAUGAAAGGUACUCUAAUGUCUAUGGGUAUGGGGGCACUCGCCCUUUUAGCGGGAAAGGCGCUGAUGACAGCGGUUAUGUCACUGGUAUUGUCAGCUGUCAUUGGCCUAAAGUCUCUGACAUCGGGCGGGAAAUCAACCACAUACGAAAUAGUAUCUAAGCCUGUUUAUUCACACUCGCAUUCACAUUCCACGGCACAUGAGGAUGCGGGGAGCUAUGGACACUCUGGGUAUGGUAGGAGCAUAACUGCAAGACGUUGA